GUGUGUGGCGUCGAAUUUUCGCCGUAACUUGCUGUGUUUUCUAGCCGCUUUAUAAGAGCGGCGGCGGCCGCUCCCUGGCUCAGAGCCUCAGACCAAGAAGAGAACGCAGCGCGCGUGAGGGCGGCGGCCGAGAUCGGAGCCCACCAACCCACCGGCUCUAGCGCCGAUGGCGGAGGUGACCCUCCGCCGCUUCGAGCUCUCCGACGUGGACGCCAUGAUGGCGUGGGCGUCGGACCCGCAGGUGGCCGCCUUCUGCCGGUGGGAGCCCUACGAGUCCAGGGAGGCCCUGCUGGCGUUCCUGCGCGACACCGCGCUCCCGCACCCGUGGUUCCGCGCCGUCUGCGCCCCCGGCUCCGGCGAGGUCGUCGGCGCGGUGUCCGUGGCGCCGACGGCGGAACGGUGCCGCGGGGAGCUCGGCUACGUGCUGGCCCGCGCGCACUGGGGCAAGGGCGUGGCGACCUCGGCCGUGCGGCGCGCGCUGCGGGACGUGUUCGCGGAGGUGGAGGGGCUGCGGCGCGUGGAGGCGCUGGUGGACGUGGACAACCCGGCGUCGCAGCGCGUGGCGGAGAAGGCCGGGCUCCGACGCGAGGGCGUCCUGCGGCGGCACUACUGGCACAAGGGCCACGCCAGGGACAUGGUCAUGUACAGCUUCCUCGCCUCCGAUCCCCUCCCCGGCUGAUUCCGCAUCGGUGGUGGUGUUCGGAGGAUGAAGAUGGCUGCAAUCAGAUUUAAGUGAAGCCUGGUCCUUUCUCUUCUCAGUGACGAGUGCGUGCUGGCGUGGGUGGGCCCGACACUUUGAUUGCUCUGCCUGAAACCAGCAAUCAAGCAGAGACUGCACUAGUGAGUAGUGUGACCGAUCUGAGCAUCGGAGGCUCAGAGGAUGGACCAAGAAGAGGCGCCUGCCCAGCCGGCGGGGUCCGCGCGCGCGGACGCGGUCACGCUCCGGCCGUUCGACCUCGCCGACGUCGACGCCAUGAUGGCCUGGGCGUCGGACCCCGUCGUCACGGCGUUCAUGACGUGGGACGCCUACACGUCCCGGGACGCCCUGCUCGCGUUCAUGCGCGACGCCGUGCUGCCGCACCCCUGGUUCCGCGCCGUCUGCCUCGGCGGCAGCGAGGGGUCCCUCUCCCGCCCUGUGCCCGUGGGCGCGGUGUCCGUGACGCCGACGGACGACCGGUGCCGCGCCGAGCUCUGCGUCGUGGUGGCGCGCGCGCGCUGGGGGAAGGGCGUGGCCACGGCGGCGCUGAAGCGCGCGGUCGCCGCGGUGUUCGGCGACCUCGAGGGCGUGGAGCGCGUCGAGGCGCUCGUGGACGCCGACAACGCGGCGUCGCAGCGGGCGCUCGAGAAGGCCGGGUUCCAGCGGGAGGCCGUGCUGCGGAGCUACUGCGUGGUCAAGGGAAGGCUCAGGGACAUGGUGGUCUACAGCUUCAUCUCCACUGACCCUCUCGUAGACUGAUCUAGAAAAGGUUAUCUGCUCAUGUAAUUGUACUUAGAGAUUUCACAACAUGGUUGGAUGGCCCAAAUUCUUGCAAAAGAAACCAUAUUGCAUUGCAGCUUGCAAACCAACAAGCAUCUCAUCUAUGAAUUACAGAUUUAUUACUUC